AUACAAGGAUGGUCCCUGUAGGAUGGUGCUGUACCCUGCUGGCCGUUCUGGUACAAGUGAAUGUUUUCUUGGCCUAUAAUGUGGACGUCUCCCCAGAGAAGAUCUUCUCUGUCAAUGGAAGCAGAUUCUUUGGCUAUCGAGUUCGACAAAUCCGAUCCACCGAUGGAGAGAGAAUCCUGGUUGGUGAUCCGGAUUUGGGGCGGCUGCACUCCUGUGAUGUCAUCAGAGGGACGUGUGACAUCAUCUCCCUUCCCAGUCAGAAGACCACCAACCAUAUUGGACUGACGCUGGAGGUGGAGCCAAAGUCUGGCCUCUGCAUUGUUUGUGGCUCCGACACUCCUCAUGAAUGUGACCAGACGAUGUAUAUGAAUGGCGCUUGUUAUUCCAUGGACUCCAGCCUGACCCCGUCCCCGAAAAUCACCCCUGGGUAUCAAGAAUGCCAGAAGGCCGACGUGGACCUCUGCUUCCUGUUUGAUGGUUCCAGCAGUUCCGGGGAACCUGAGCUCCAAUCUAUCCGUUUUUUUCUGAACGAUGCCAUCAAAAACCUGAGGAACACCACAGUGCAUUUGGCCAUUGUGCAGUUUUCUGGCAGAUUUAAGACAGAAUUGGACUUCAAUCAAUACCAGACGUUCAAUAACCUCACACAAGUCAUUCGUAAUCUGACGCUGCUAAGAGGGAGAACGUUUACUUUCAGUGCCAUCAACUACACCCUGGAUAAUAUUUAUACGGAGAAGGCCGGACACCGUCCGAAGGCUAAGAAGGUCCUCCUGAUGCUGACAGAUGGAGAAGCCAAUGAUGAGAAAAGUGACAUCAUCGACAAGGCGGAUCGCAUGGGGGUGAAACGUUAUCUUAUCGGGGUUGGGAACAAUUUCAACACUUCUGAUCUAGCGAAGGAACAGAUGAACGAACUUCCAUCCGAGCCGAAUGACCUCCACACCCGAAUGCUGAAGAACUUCAAAGAGCUGGAGAACCUAUUUGCAGAACUGCAGCAAAAAAUCCUGGCCAUUGAGGGUGUCCAGACCUGUGCUGCAGCUUCAGGGGGUGUCUGCAAUGGAUCCGCUCAGGGAACCAGCUUCUCCCGGGAACUUUCAUCUGCGGGUCUCAGCGCCGCCCUCACACAGGAGCGGCAGAUCCUGGGAGAUCCCGGGAUCUUUGAUUGGGCGGGUGGAAUUCUCGAUAUCUCGGAGCCGGAGAAGCUGAUUGGUGUUUCUUUCCAGGAGGAGGACAAAUACGGAUAUCUGGGAUACUCUGUGGAAGUUCUGCGGGUCUCGGAGGGGACCUUCUAUGUGGCCGGAGCCCCGAGACAUCAAUAUGUCGGGAUUGUGACCGUCUUCCGAGAGACACCAGAUGGGACCGAGUGGAUCCGCAACAUCUCAGGAGAGCAGGUCGGCUCGUACUUUGGCGCAGAGAUUGAGGUCGGUGACAUUGACCAGGACGGUCUCUCAGAUGUGGUGCUGAUUGCGGCUCCUCAUUUCUCUGAUGUCCGAAGGUCUGGACAGGUGUCUGUAUAUCAAUAUAUUCAG